AUGGAACCUCCUCAGCCCCAGUGGUCCGCCUCGAUGCCGCCGUACUCGAGAAAGGACACGGCCUCGCCAUCGAUCCUGCCUUCAGCCGAGGCCCUUGUCGCACUCGCAUCGCACUGCGUCUCUCCCUCAAAGAAACCCGCCACCAUCAGCACCCAUCCGCUGACCAUGUCCUUCCAGCCCUCGAUGCCCAUCAGCCCGACGACCCCGUUCCAAUACCAGCGCUCCUCGGCCGUCCCUGUCAGCGGUGACCCCAAAACCGCCAUACCCUUUCCCGGCCUAGCUGCCAAUCCCGGCAUCUCCAUCAAGCAUGUGUCGCCCUCACCCAUCAUGCCCACGCCUGCACUCGACGACUUUCCCGAGACCCACUCGCAAUCCGAGGCCGCAAGCCCCUCUCCGAUCAACAAGAUGUCCGGCUCGGGCAAGACCCUGCGACCACCGCCUCAGCGAAAGACCCCCGAGCAGGUUGCCUUCCUCUUGACUGCCUAUGAAAUCAAUCGAUACCCAAGCCGGAACGACAUCAACACUCUGGCCGGCAAAACCAAGCUCUCCUCCGAUCAAGUCCGGUUCUGGUUCCAGGAUGCAAGAACCCGCGAGAAGCGCACCGGCCAGCUCCCCAAGGCACUGCCGCCUCCCAAGGGCAAAGAGUCGUCGCACGAGAUAUCAGAGCCCCAGCAGAACAAUCCGUUCGAUCGUGGCAACUCGCCCGUGAGCUCGCGUUCUUCGUCCCGAUCGGCCUCGCCCGAUCCCCGCCGUGGCCGCGAAUAUUCCUUCUCUCCGCUGUCGUCUUCGUCCUCUGAGGUCUCGCUGUCACGGCCCCGAUCGGCCUCUCGCCAUGCCAAGGGCUCCUCGGUCCGAUCCGUCUCGCUGUCGUCCGUCUCCUCGUAUCACAGCCAAGACGGCGACCUCGGCUCGGCGCAGAAGAGAAAGAAGAUGGACUCCAAGGGCCGAAAGCGCCAUUCCAAGGCUCACAAGCACAAAAAGUCCGACUAUGCCUCCUACAACAAGCAAGAGCCCUACCCAGAGCAGGACCAGCAGCGGCAAAGACGCUCUCCUGUCCGCGAGCUUCCGCCGGCCGUCCAUACCCAGGGAUCGUUCAUAUUUGCGGGCUCUUCCAACCUCGACUCCACCAUGUCGUCCGAGCCCUCAAAGACCUCGGGCAUGGACCUCCUCGCCGAGCUCAGCACCGUCAUGAUGGCUGCUGAAGAGUCGAACUUGAAGAAGCUCGGUGGCUCCGCCAUCUCUGCACGGUCGUUCCACCAGGACGUCCGCACCAUGUACCAGAACCAUCGACAGGCCACCCAACAGGCCACCCAGCAGGCCGCUCAGCAGGCCGCUCAACAAGCCAAGGCCGCCUAUUCCCCGCACCACUAUACACCUGGCCGAGACGAGUCUAGCCGAGAGUCCCCGCGGCGACAGCCGUCCUACUCGCCGCGAUACUACGAACCCUCUGGCCAGGACGACGACCACCAGCCGCCACCCCGCACGCAGACCUACUCUCCCCAUACCUACUCUUCGGCUCCGCGUAAUACCGAUGCUCAGUACGACCCCACCGAGGACCGGGACGUCUGUGCCGCCGCUGACAUUCUCGAACGCCAAAGCCGCGGUGCGGUAUGGCACAACGACGAGGUCAGCAACCAGCGGCGAGCAGCCCUCUCCUCGGACAACGAGCCCGGCUUGCGCAUCGAGCUACAGAGACUGCAAGACGAGCUGGCCGAAACACGCAAGGAACUCCGGACCACACGCGAUCGCAACUAUAUCCUGGAGCGAACCAUGAUGGAAUAUGACCAACAGCGCCGCAAGGCCGAUGACAUGACUGCCAAGGAUCAUCUUUCCAAGCCCGAUGAGCUGGAUGGCAAAUACUCGGACUGUGUUCCCUCGAACAACACCGAUGCCGACUCGCCCUCCAAGAUCUCCGUCGGCGAUCCGGCACCUGUGCCCAACGUCUCGGGAUCGGCUCCGGGAGAGUCCUCGACCGAGCUGUACGAGCGGAUCAACCGACUUGAGGAGCAACUGCGGUUGCUGCAGGCCGAGUCCCAGAGCUACAAGGAACAAAUGGAGUCCCUCGAGUCCGAGAACAAGAGGCUGCUUGCCGAGAAGCAAACUACGGUGGCUGCGGAAGCGCUGUAA